AUGUUUCCCAAAAGGAUCCUGAAGCAUCGCGUAAUCCACGAACAUGCUUUGUUCACACUGCAUGGAUACUUUGCUGAUUGGUUGGGUGCAGAUAUCAAGCCUAGCAAUGUGUUGGUGAAUUACAGGCAAGAGAACAAAGAAGGCAGCCGGUUUUCAGAUGUGCAGUUAGCUGAUUUCGGGAGCACUGUUCACAAGGACUCUGACUAUGCUAGACGUGGAGAUCCCAUUGGGACAGCAAUAUUCAGAAACCCAGAGGCGCAAUUAGAGAUGACAUGGGACACCUCUACUGAUAUCUGGUCCUUCGGAACAAUGCUUAUAAGCCUUCUGUACGGGGAAAGGUUUCAUAUAUUCAAACCUGAUGUCCCGGUCGACCAUGAAGAUUAUGAUCUUAAAAUUCUCGUUAAAAAUUAUAGAUGCUUUGGACCCUUCCCGGUUUCUUACGAAGAGAUAGCUGAUGCUCAAAGACUAGGAGUUCUGAUGUGGAUUAUGGAAAAUACCCCUAAACAUACGUUGAAGCCAUUUCAGUACACAACUUCACGAGAGAUUUGCCAGGAGGAUAAGGAAUUUGUGCUGAGAAUAAUGAAGCUUGAUCCGCGAGAUAGACCGACAGCACAUCAACUCUUGGAAGACGAGUGGUUCCACCAAGUCUAA